UCUACCGCGGCCGCCGGGCCUGGGGCCUCGGGCCCCGCCGCCCUCGGGCCCGGCCCCGGCCUCGCCGCCAGCCCCGCGCCCGCGCCGGUGCAGAUGAACCUGUACGCCACCUGGGAGGUGGACCGGAGCUCGGCCAGCUGCGUGCCCAGGCUGUUCAACCUGACCCUGAAGAAACUCGUCAUGCUGAAGGAAAUGGACAAAGACCUGAACUCCGUGGUCAUCGCAGUGAAAUUGCAGGGCUCGAAAAGGAUCCUUCGGUCCAAUGAGAUCCUCCUUCCGGCCAGCGGCCUGGCAGAGACAGAGCUUCAGCUGACCUUCUCCCUCCAGUACCCUCACUUCCUUAAGCGUGAUGCCAACAAGCUUCAGAUCAUGCUGCAGAGGAGAAAGCGCUACAAGAACCGGACGAUCCUCGGCUACAAGACGCUGGCCGUGGGGCUGAUCAACAUGGCGGAGGUCAUGCAGCAUCCCAGCGAAGGUGCCCUCGUGCUCGGCCUGCACAGCAACGUGAAGGAUGUCUCCGUCCCUGUGGCCGAAAUCAAGAUCUACUCGCUGUCGAGCCAGCCCAUCGACCAGGAAGGGAUCAAGUCCAAGCUGUCUGACCGUUCUCCUGAUAUCGACAACUACUCGGAAGAGGAGGAGGAGAGCUUCUCGUCAGAGCAGGAGGGGAGCGAUGACCCUUUGCACGGCCAGGACUUAUUCUACGAAGAUGAGGAUCUACGGAAAGUGAAGAAGACCCGGAGGAAACUGACCUCAACCUCUGCCAUCACAAGGCAGCCCAACAUCAAGCAGAAGUUCGUGGCCCUGCUGAAGAGGUUUAAAGUCUCCGACGAGGUGGGCUUUGGGCUGGAGCACGUAUCGCGGGAGCAGAUUCGGGAAGUAGAAGAAGACCUGGAUGAGCUGUAUGACAGCCUGGAGAUGUACAACCCCAGUGACAGUGGGCCCGAGAUGGAGGAAACGGAGAGCGUCCUGAGCACCCCGAAGCCCAAGCUCAAGCCCUUCUUUGAGGGAAUGUCUCAGUCCAGUUCCCAGACGGAGAUUGGCAGCCUCAACAGUAAAGGGAGCCUGGGAAAGGAUGCCACCAGCCCGUUGGAAUUGACUGCUCUGGACAGAGUCAAAGCUACUUCUUGGAUCAAAAACCCGGAUGACAGUCUGACUGAGAACGAUCCUCUGGACAUCAGUGACCAGGACAUGUUUGGAGACAGCAGCACCACCCUGGUUGUGCCAGAGAAAGUGAAAACACCCAUGAAGUCGGGCAAGGCGGAUCUCCAGGGCUCCGCCUCCCCCAGCAAAAUGGACGGGGUGCAUACCCCCAGGCAGAAGAGGAGUACCCCCCUGAAGGAGCGGCAGCUCUCCAAGCCUCUGAGUGAGAGGACGAACAGUUCGGACAGUGAGCGGUCUCCUGACCUCGGCCACAGCACCCAGGUCCCAAGAAAGGUGGUAUACGACCAGCUGAAUCAGAUCCUGGUGUCUGACGCAGCCCUCCCAGAAAACGUCAUCCUCGUGAACACCACCGACUGGCAGGGCCAGUACGUAGCAGAACUGCUUCAGGACCAGCGGAGGCCCGUGGUGUGCACGUGUUCCACCGUGGAAGUCCAGGCUGUGCUCUCGGCCCUGCUCACCCGCAUCCAGAGAUACUGCAACUGCAACUCGUCCAUGCCGAGGCCCGUGAAGGUGGUGGCCGUGGGUGGCCAGAGCUACCUGAGCUCCAUUCUCCGGUUCUUUGUCAAGGCCUUGGCCAACAAGACGUCCGACUGGCUGGGCUACAUGCGCUUCCUCAUCGUCCCCCUGGGCUCUCACCCUGUUGCCAAGUACAUAGGCUCGGUGGACAGCAGGUACAGCAGCACCUUCCUCGACCCAGCCUGGAGGGACUUAUUCAGCCGCUCGGAGCCCCCGGUUUCAGAGCCGCUGGACGUGGUCGGCCGCGUGAUGCAGUACGUGAGUGGGGCUGGUGUGACGCACCAGCUGCCCGUGGCGGAGGCCAUGCUGACCUGCAAGCACAAAUUCCAAGAUGAAGAUUCCUACCAGAAGUUUAUUCCCUUCAUUGGGGUGGUCAAAGUAGGCCUGGUGGAGGACUCCCCUCUCACAGCAGGUGACGGUGACGACACGCCCGUGGUCAGCCUCACUGUCCCCUCCACGUCCCCACCUUCCAGCUCUGGCCUGAGUCGGGAUGCAUUGGCCACGCCCCCUUCCUCCCCCUCCAUGAGCAGCGCGCUGGCUGUGGUUGGGAGUCCCAACAGCCCGUACGGGGACGUCAUCGGCCUGCAAGUCGACUACUGGCUGGCCCACCCUGGGGAGCGGCGGCGGGAAGGUGAGAAGAGGGACGCCAGCUCCAAGAACACCCUCAAGAGCGUCUUCCGCUCGGUGCAGGUGUCCCGGCUGCCACACGGCAACGAGGCACAGCUCUCCGGCACCAUGGCCAUGACCGUGGUCACCAAGGAGAAGAACAAGAAAGUGCCCACCAUCUUCCUGAGCAAGAAGCCUCGAGAGAAGGAGGUGGAUUCCAAGAGCCAGGUCAUCGAGGGCAUCAGCCGCCUCAUCUGCUCGGCCAAGCAACAGCAGACCAUGUUGAGAGUGUCCAUCGACGGCGUGGAGUGGAGUGACAUCAAGUUCUUCCAGCUGGCUGCUCAGUGGCCCACUCACGUCAAGCACUUCCCAGUGGGCCUGUUCGGCGGCAGCAAGUCCACCUGACCGCCCUGCCUCCUGGCCGAGGCCCCCGCUGUUCUCCCUCGUGUCGUCUGCUGGUCCGGGGCACCUCCUGGGGGAGGGGGACGCCGGCAGGCCUGGGGCCUGAGGGACGCUGCCACUGGGGAAGCUGGUCACUCCCCCCACCCCCUUACCUCUCCUCCCCACCCCCUCACUUGGGCCCUGAGCCUCAUUACUGGAAUUUAAGCAAACUCUUCCAAGGGGGCCCCACCCCCAACCCCUGGAGCCCGAGUCCACCCAAGGACAAAGCAUCGCUGGCCUCUACCUCUGGGUUCGAGGCCACCAUCUCCCAAAGUUACUUGUCCCCUUCCUUUCAGGCUACGGUCCCCUGUGAGUACCCAGCGGUUUGUCAGGAGUUAGUCACUGCGCCCCCACCAACGUCAUCUCUGCCUGAAGUCAACUUGGCUGUCCCCAGGGAGACAGAAGGUCGGCCUGAGCCCACCGGGACAGAGGCAGGCAGGGUGGCUGCGCCUCUCCAUCUCCUGCCCCCCUCCCCCAGGCCCUGCCCAGCGUCCCCAGUGUCCCAGGAGUGUCCGUGUAGAUGUUGUGUGUGUGUCCUCGAGCACUCAUUGGCUUCUAUCUCCCGCGCCCCACCCCACCCAUCCAUGCACUCCAGGCCCUGUGCCCUCCGGCUCCUCCGGUCCCAGUACUCCAUCUGCCCGCCUUGCAGCUGUGUCUUCUCCCCUCCUCCCUCUGUGAGCCCCCCGCCCUAAGGAGCAGCCUCCCCAGUGGGGCCGAGACCCUGCUAGGAUCCCUCCUCUCCAGCCUCAUUCUCCUGCUCCUCCUCAUGGACGCCAGUGUCUGAGCCCUAGCUUCCCCCUCCCCCACCCCAAACUCUGGGGGGAUUUUAAUGCAGGUCAGUCCUCCAGUAUUCUGUCCACGAAGGCCCUCUUCCCUGCCCCAGAGUUUGGAAAGAACUUUGUCCUGAAAGGCGUCCUCCUAGCUCGGCCUCCUGUCCUGUGACUCAGUCCUGCCGUCCAAAGCACCUUGCCUGGGCUCAGCUGUUCUCUUGGCUGGGGCUGUGGGUAUGGGGGGAGUUGCUGUUGGGAUUUUUCAUUCAAUAAACUGGUGAUUUCUUA